AUGUCAAAUUCAGCUUCUGAAGAGCACGAUCACGAUGAUGGUGUGGAAGAGUUAGGGGAGUUACGUGAGCCGCCUUAUCAAAACCCUUCCGCACCUCCUCACGGGUCAUUCGAUGUAUCAACAACGGUUGAUCCAAGUUACGUGAUAUCUUUGAUAAGGAGACUUCUGCCGUCGGAUGUGAAUGGUUUGGUUCGUGAAGAACCAGCAGCUGAAGGCGUUAUUGAGGAUGCCACAAACUUGCCUGAAAAUGGCAGAGGAGCUGAAGCAAUGGAAUCUUAUGAGAACCAUGAUAAAUUAGAGGGACGAGAACCAUCGAAUGGUUAUAAAGAUGAAGGCGGAACUGUUGGAGAACGAACUUGGGAAGAAUGUGGAUGUAUAUUAUGGGAUCUUGCCGCAAGUGAAGAUCAUGCUCAAUUUAUGGUUCAAAAUCUUAUCCUUGAAGUGCUUUUUGUUGAGCAAUUACUUAUUGAUGAUGUACCUUGCCUCUGUGAAGCCUGCAGGGUGUUAAGCUUGUGCCUGCAAGGAGGUGAAGGUCUUAUUUGGGCAGUAGCAUUGCAGCCGGAGCAUAUCCUUUCUCGUAUCCUCUGGAUUGCUGAAAAUGCCCUGAAUCCACAGCUUAUCGAAAGGAGUGUAGGUUUAUUGUUGGCUAUUUUGGAGAGUCUACAGGAAGUAGCAACUAUUCUUGUUCCUCCUUUGUUGAAAUUGGGCCUUUCAAGUCUUCUGAUUAAACUCUUGGCUUUCGAAAUGACCAAAUUAAAGGAAGAUAGGACGCCUGAGAGGUACAGUGUGCUGGAUCUGAUUCUACGGACAAUUGAAGAGCUCUCGACUAUGGAUAACUGUUCAGAAGAAAUAUGUGAAAAUAAAGAGCUGUUACAAUUAGCACGAGAGCUGAUCGAUCUUCCUGAUAAAUUCGAG